GUGGGUCUCCAGAAAAUCCGCCAGACCACAGACCAAGUGGAGGAGCUGCAGAAGUCCCUCUCCAUCAAGAGAAUAGAACUGGAGGAGAAGAAUGCCGCAGCCAAUGCUAAGCUGAAGGACAUGGUAAAAGACCAACAGGAGGCUGAGAGAAAGAAAGUGACCUCCCAGGAGAUCCAGGCCCAGCUGGCUGCACAGACCAAGGUGAUCCAGGAGAAACAGAAGAGUGUGAAGGAAGAUCUGGACAAGGUGGAACCUGCUGUCAUUGAGGCUCAACAAGCUGUGAAAUCCAUCAAGAAACAGCACCUGGUAGAGGUUCGUGCAAUGGGCAGUCCACCUCCGAUCCUCAAGAUGGUCCUCGAAUCCAUCUGCAUCCUCCUCGGGGAGUCUGCUCCUGACUGGAAAUCCAUACGACAAAUGAUAAUUAAGGACUCUUUCAUCCAGAACAUUGUCAGCUUUCAAGCUGAAAACAUACCUGAUGAUAUUCGUUCCAAGAUGAAGCAGAAAUACUUAAACAACCCUGACUUCACGUACGACAAGGUCAACAGAGCUAGCUUGGCAUGUGGGCCCAUGGUGAAAUGGGUCAUUGCACAGAUAAACUAUGCUGACAUGAUCAAGCGUGUGGAGCCGCUAAGAAAUGAGCUGAAGGCCCUGGAAGACGAGGCUGACAUCAACAAGCACAAGAACAAUGAGGUGAACAAGCUGAUCAGUAACCUGGAAAAGAGUAUUGCCAAGUACAAGGAGGAGUAUGCUGUGCUUAUCAGUCAGGCACAGGCCAUCAAGGCAGACUUAGCAGCUGUGGAGACCAAGGUGGAGCGUAGUGUUGCCUUACUGAAGAGUCUGACCAGUGAACGUGAGCGCUGGGAACAAGGCAGCGAGGGCUUCAAGGCGCAGAUGUCCACCAUCAUUGGGGAUGUGUUACUGUCUGCGGCUUUCCUGGCUUAUGCUGGUUACUUUGACCAGCAGAUGCGUCACAACCUGUUUACCACUUGGUGUCACCACCUGCAGCAGGCACAUGUGCAGUUCAGGCAGGAUCUUGCUAGAGUGGAGUACCUGUCAUCUGCAGAUGAACGUCUGCGCUGGCAAGCUAACGCCCUCCCAGCAGACGACCUGUGUGUAGAGAACGCCAUCAUGUUGGGCCGCUUUAACCGCUACCCCCUGAUUAUCGACCCGUCUGGCCAGGCCACAGAGUUCAUCAUGAAUGAGUACAAGGAGAAGAAGAUCACUAAGACAAGUUUCUUGGAUGAUGCUUUCCGUAAGAACCUGGAAAGUGCAUUGAGAUUUGGAAAUCCACUUCUUGUACAGGAUGUGGAGAACUAUGACCCUAUCCUGAACCCUGUAUUGAACAGAGAGCUGCGCCGCACUGGGGGCAGAAUUCUGAUCACCCUGGGAGACCAGGACAUUGAUCUGUCUCCCUCAUUCACCAUCUUCCUCUCCACCAGGGAUCCCACGGUGGAGUUCCCCCCAGAUAUCUGUUCCCGUGUGACCUUUGUGAACUUCACAGUGACCCGCAGUAGUCUCCAGAGCCAGUGCUUGAACCAGGUGCUGAAGGCAGAGAGACCAGACAUUGACGCCAAGAGAUCAGAUCUGUUGAAACUUCAAGGUGAGUUUGCCCUACGUCUGCGCCACCUGGAGAAGUCCUUACUGCAAGCCCUGAAUGAUGUGAAAGGCAGGAUCCUGGAUGAUGACAGCAUCAUCAGUCAUCUGGAGACCUUGAAGAACGAGGCUGCUGAGGUACAGAAGAAGGCGGAGGAGACGGAUGUUGUCAUGGCGGAAGUCGAGACCGUCUCUCAACAGUACGUACCACUGGCACAGUCCUGCAGUAGCAUCUACUUCACUCUGGAGUCUCUGAACCAGGUUCACUACCUGUACCAGUUCUCUCUGCACUUCUUCCUGGACAUCUUCAGUGCUGUGCUCCAUGACAACUCCAAACUGGACAGUGUCAAGGACUAUACCAAGAGACUGGAGGUCAUCACCAAUGACCUCUUCCAGGUCACCUUCAACCGCGUGGCCCGAGGUAUGCUGCAUCAUGAUCAACUGGUCAGUGGCCUCCUCUUGGCAAGAAUCCACCUCAAACAACUGCCCAGUGAGCCAUCCUAUGAGGCAGAGUUCCUCCACUUCAUGCGUGGCAAGGAGGGUCUGAUGACAGAGGGACUCCCCAGUGUGGAAGGACUGCAGCCAGACACCGUGCAGGCCAUGGUCCGGCUGGCCAAACUCCCCGCCUUCAGGGGAAUCAUGGCUAAGGUCAACAAGAACCCGGAUUUCUUUGCCUGGUUGAAGACGGUCUCUCCAGAACAUGAUGUCCCUGUGAUAUGGGACGAAGGAACUCCACUAAGUAGUAUAGGCAAGGCCCUGUACCAGAUGUUGGUCAUCCAGACCUUCCGACCUGACCGUCUGCUGGCCAUGGGACACACCUUUGUUGUCACGGUGAUGGGGAAUAUGUUCUUCCAUGAUAUAGAACAGGAGGUCAACCUGGCCGCCAUUGUGGAGAAUGAGAUCCGUGCCAACACCCCUAUCCUGCUGUGCUCAGUACCAGGUUAUGAUGCCAGUGGUAGAGUGGACGACCUGGCCGCUGAACUCAAUAAACCAGUCUCUUCUAUUGCCAUAGGCUCUGCUGAAGGUUUUGAUGAGGCAGCCAAGGUGAUCAACUCAGCUUCCAGGGCAGGCAAGUGGGUGAUGUUGAAGAAUGUCCACCUUGCCCCAGGAUGGCUGGUACAGCUGGAGAAGAAACUUCACAGUCUACAACCACACCCCAACUUCAGACUGUUCCUCACCAUGGAGAUCAAUCCUAAGCUCCCAGUGAACCUGCUGCGUGCUGGACGUAUCUUUGUGUUUGAGCCACCUCCAGGUGUGAGAGCCAACUUAUUGAGGACCUUCAGUACUGUGCCCUCAGUACGCAUGGGCAAGGCUCCCAGUGAGAGAGCUCGUCUGUACUUCCUCCUGGCCUGGUUCCAUGCUAUAGUCCAGGAGAGGCUGACCUAUGUCCCCCUGGGAUGGUCCAAGAAGUAUGAGUUUAAUGAGUCUGACCUGAGAUGUGGCUGUGACACCAUUGAUACCUGGGUGGACAUGGUGGCAAUGGGCCGCAGUAACCUGCCCCCAGAGAAGAUCCCAUGGGAUGCGCUGAGGAUUCUCCUGUCCCAGUGUAUCUAUGGCGGCAAGAUUGACAAUGACUUUGACCAGCGCCUCCUUAACUCCUUCCUGAACAAGCUGUUCACACCUAAGAGUUUUGAUGCAGACUUCCCACUGGUAACUGCAGCAGAGGCUGGCAAAGCUAUCACCAUGCCUGAUGGCAUCAGACGUGAGCAGUUUGUCCAGUGGUCAGAUAACAGGACAGAGCUCCAGACCCCCUCAUGGCUGGGACUGCCCAACAAUGCUGAGAUUGUCCUCCUCACUAACCAAGGCUCUGACCUUGUGAACAAGAUGCUGAAGAUGCAGCUCCUGGAAGAUGAUGAGGAGUUGGCGUACGGAGGGGUGGAGGAAAAGAAGAAGAAGGAAGCAGACGGCAGACCUGCCUGGAUGAGAAUACUGCACAACUCCGUUGUCAACUGGUUCAAACUGGUUCCUAAGAAACUAAAUAUCUUGCGCAGAACAGCAGAGAACAUCAAAGACCCGCUCUUCCGCUUCUUUGAGCGCGAGGUCAACACGGGUGCGCGCCUUCUUCAAGACAUGCGCCGUGACAUGGAUGACAUUAUGCUGAUUUGCCAAGGUCAGAAAAAACCAACCAAUCAUCACAGAUCAAUGAUGAGUGACCUGCCAAAGGGCAUAAUCCCAUUAUCAUGGAAGCGUUACACAGUGCCCAGUGGUAUGACAGUGAUAGAGUGGAUCACAGACUUCAGUGAGAGGAUCAAACAGCUCCAGGCCAUCUCUGCUGCCUCACAGUCUGGAGGAGCCAUGGAGCUGAAGAACUUCACUGUGUGGUUAGGAGGGUUGUUUAUACCAGAGGCGUACAUCACAGCCACCAGACAGUAUGUAGCCCAGGCCAACAGCUGGUCUCUGGAGGAGCUCUACUUGCAGGUGUCAGUGUCCAACAAAGGCCAGGACCUGAAGCUGGAUGACUGUAGUUUUGGAGUGAAGGGACUGAAGCUGCAGGGAGCUCUGUGUGAGAAUAACAAACUGAAGCUCUCCUCUACCAUAUCCACUGACCUGCCUUUUACUGCCCUGGGCUGGAGAAGAAUGGAGAGUGGGAAGAAACCCCAGGGUAAAGUAACCCUGCCUGUGUACCUGAACAGUACCAGGGCCCAGCUACUGUUCACCCUGGACUUUGACACCCAGGACACAGGCUCUGGCAGAGAUCACAGCUUCUACGAGAGGGGCGUGGCUUUGGUCUGCUCUAAUCUCUGAAUGGCUGAUAUUGGUGUGGAUUCCUAACUCCACACGGACUGAAUUGACUACUAAUGCGUAUAAACUGUCAUAGUUUGUGAAAUCGUCAUUAUGAACUUUGUCUGUGGCUGAAUUAAUAGACUUGAAAAUGCUUUGGUUGUAGACGUCACAUUUAUUAGAUAUUCACCAAAAAAGGGGAUCUUAACAUUAUUCAGAACUGACUUUAUAUAUAGUGACUUCAAGGAUCGGUAAUAUAUCAUGAAAUUUGUAGUGUGCAAAGGAUAAGAAGUACAUUCAUUGUACAAAUGAAUUUGAUACCUUAGGGUUGUCCAUACUGCCGUGUAGGAAAUGGAAAGAUACCGAACUGAAGAACUGUGCCUAAAUGACAUACUUUUUCUGCUCUUCUGAAAUGUGUAACACACGUGGUUCCAGUUUGCUUUUUUCCCCACUAUAUCACGUAUUACAGUAUACAAAUGUGAACAUGACGUGUUAAUCCAAUUAAUAAGGUUGACUGACCUAUAUUAACGAUUUGCCCUGUAUUGCAUGCACUGAAAUAAAUACAG